UAUUGGUAUUAUUUGUAUUUUAUUAAAUCGGACUGUCAUACCGGACUAAAUGCAGCCUCUGUUAAUGUUUCUGCUCAUGAAGUCGUUUAUGUGCUGCUGGUUUUAACGGCUGUUGUCAGGCAGGUGACAGGUCCGUCUCUGAAACAGCUGCUUUGAUGCCCGGUUAGAAGAAAUGGAGCUUUCCGAGUCCAUAACCCAUAUGAAUGGUCGACAGAGGAAGCCUGCGGUGAUGCCUGCAGCAGACGCGGCUGAGCAGGAGAUCGUGGACGAGGAAAAGGCGCUCCUCGUUCAAGACUCUGACAAUGACGAACGACAACCUAAAACCUGCAGCAACAUCCAAGGAGAACUUGGCAACGUGGGUCUGCUCCUGUUUCUUUAUGUCCUCCAGGGGAUUCCUUUAGGACUGGCUGGCAGCAUCCCUCUCAUCAUGCAGAGUAAAAGCGUUAGCUAUAAAGACCAAGCCUACUUCAGCUUCGUCUUCUGGCCUUUCAGUCUGAAGCUGCUCUGGGCUCCACUUGUGGACUCGGUCUACGUGAAGCGCUUUGGACGCAGAAAGUCAUGGCUGGUUCCUACUCAGUACCUGCUUGGGCUGUUCAUGCUCGGACUGUCGUUCACCGUGGAUUCUCUCCUGCAGACGGACGGACCAGGAGGCCCGGACGUAAUCACCCUCACCGCAGUGUUCUUCCUGCUGGCCUUUCUGGCAGCCACGCAGGACAUCGCCGUUGACGGCUGGGCCCUCACCAUGCUGUCCAGGGAGAACGUGGGAUACGCUUCCACUUGUAACUCAGUAGGCCAGACAGCUGGUUACUUCCUGGGGAACGUCCUGUUUCUAGCCCUGGAGUCGGCCGAUUUCUGCAACAAGUACCUGAGGUUCGAGCCGCAGGAUCAGGGCAUCGUCACACUCUCAGACUUCCUGUUUUUCUGGGGGAUUGUGUUCAUGGUGUCCACCACACUGGUGGCCUUAAUGAAGUCGGAGCACAGCAGACAGCCACGCACCAGACGGAGACCGAAAGAAGAGACGCAGGGCGUAAUGGAGACCUACAAGCUCCUGUUUUCCAUCAUCAAGCUGCCUGCUGUCUUCACUUUCUGCUGCCUGCUGCUCACAUCAAAGAUGGGGUUUUCGGCAGCAGAUGCAGUGACGGGGCUGAAGCUGGUUGAAGCAGGAGUACCGAAAGCCGAGCUGGCGCUACUGGCAGUACCCAUGGUUCCUCUGCAGAUCCUGCUGCCGCUCAUCAUCAGUAAAUACACAGCCGGGCCUCGACCGCUCGACAUCUUCUAUAAAGCCUUUCCUUUCAGGUUGCUGAUCGGUCUGGAGUACGCGCUCCUCGUGUGGUGGACUCCGAAUGUGAAGCAAGAGGAUGGAUUUCCUGUGUAUUACUACGCUGUAGUUCUGCUCAGCUACGCUGUACACCAGGUGGCGCUGUACAGCAUGUUUGUGGCCUGCAUGGCGUUCCAUGCUAAAGUGAGCGACCCGCUGAUAGGAGGCACGUAUAUGACCCUACUGAACACAGUCACCAAUCUGGGGGGGAACUGGCCGUCCACGCUGGCCCUGUGGCUGGUCGACCCGCUCACGUCGAAACACUGCGAGGGGGCGGAGGGGCAGACGUGCGGCUCGCCGGAGGAGGCCGGGCUGUGUGUGAAAGCCGGCGGCAUGUGUGCGACAGCUCUGGACGGUUACUACGUGGAGUCGAGCGUGUGUGUGCUGAUCGGACUGGCCUGGUGGAUCUUCUUCGGCAAGAAAAUGAAGCGGUUACAGGAGGAGAGUCCGUCAGCCUGGCAGUGCCGGAUCCGCAAAUGACGCAGACGCAGACGGGCUCGAAGCAGCGGACAAAUAGGAAAGCAGAUCCAGGGAGCGCUCUCACAUAACUUCUGAUUGACUCUUUCUGUACGGAUUUUACUUUUGUUAUUAUUAUUAUUAUUAUUAUUAUUAUUUUUAUGAGUCCUCUCAGGAGGACAUUUUGCUCUCCUGCUCUGCGCUUGUUACCGGACAUUUCCCUCUUCUGAACCGAAGAGAUAAAUGAAAUGAAAUGAAUCAGUACAAUUUUCUGUACUGGGACUCUCUUCCCAGAGGGACGGUCAAUAAGGGACGCUCCCUAAAAACUGUUAAAACAGUUACGCUUCACUUCACAACUCACUGCAAAUCCCUGUGCCUUGUGAGUUUUUUUUCCUGUUUAUUUCCUCGACUUGAAAAUAAGAAAUCCGGUUUAUAUUCCUUAAUAAUACUGUGUUUCAUAAUCAGAACCGGAAAAUAUCUUCACCGAUGAAACUAUUAUAAAUACUAUAUAUAAAAGAAUCAGAAUUGUUGCCUUUUGUUGUUUAAUGAAUAUUGCCUUAAAUUAAAACACAAAUUUGAUGACCGUAAGGCAGUAUUUCUUACACACCACCAUUACACCUCCUCAUAUUCAUUUAUCAUCGUACACUUGGCUUUAUAAUGUGUUCAGAUGUAGGAUAUUGAUUGGUACGUUUAUCAUGUUUAUUUUUCAUUCUCAUUUUUUUUUAUCAUUAUACAAGUCAUGUUCGAGUGAAACCUGGACCUUUGAUUGAACGUUAAAAACUCCCUUUAUUUCUCUAUAUAAUUCCCAGCUACACUAAUGCACUUAUCCCGGGGUUUCACUAGUGCUUAGAUACCACCAAAGGUAGAAAGUUUUCUCAGUGUUGAUUGCUCCAUGUCUAAAACGCUGGCCUCCCAGGAACUCCUUUAACAUCCCAAACAUGGGGAAAUGUUGCAUUCCACUCGCUGAACAUUUACAGGAAUGACUCAGCUGGGAUCGUCAUUCACAGAUGUACAAUCUUCUUUUAAACUUUAAAUGUUUUACUGUAGCUAAGAGUCUCAUCACCGUACUGCGCAUAGUUCAAGUCUUCUGUAAACAUCAAUCGUUUUUCCAUCUUCAUUCACCAGAAAUGCCAUUGCAAGUCCCGGUUUGACUUGGACUCGCCUUGUUUAAACACAUAAGUCAUUACGUUAUAUCGGGCCGAAUACUAUUGUUAAGUUAUAAUUAUGCUAUUAUUUUUUCACGUUUCAUUAAACUGUAACAGGUCAAUAAUAUUGUAUUAUUAUAAAUAUUUUA